AUGCCACGACUUAAACCAAAGGUGGGCCGGGCCCGCAGAAACACAUUUCCACGUGGAAAUAGUGCGUAUAGAACUAUUGAACCAAUUGGCGGCACCGAGGCAGAUGAUCACAUGUUAUCACAAUCAUUCACCAGCCACGACGACUACUUCAACUACCAACCGAAAACUAAUAUCUACGAUGAGCCCCACCUUAAACGACAACGUGUUCCCACCCCGCUUCUGCUUCAACCCGAUGAUAAUACACACUUGUCGGCCGGCCCGUCAGGUUACAAAUACAUGCCAUUGUCCUUGCGCACUCCGGACCUCGAGUCCUUCCGCUACGACCACGGUAUAGAAUACAGGAUGCACCUCUCAAUCAAAGAGACGGUCUUGAAAGCCCAGUGGCACCAGAUCUUCGAUGAAGAUGCCUUUCUAUCCAGAACAAAGCGAAGGUGCAUACAAUCUCUUAGAAAAUUGAAAAACAUUGUUCGUAGUAAGUUUGCCCGGGGGAAAGAAUUUUGGAAUGCAUUUCGCUCCCGGUUCAAAAGGGAGUUCAAAGUCUCGCCGGUUGAGCAUUGUGAAGUCUGA